CUUUGUCACAAUACGCAAUGAAAGCAUUCCUUUCUGUGCUUAAAAGGAAUAUGACUAUAUUACGCCAGAAGUUUUCACUACAAAUGAACUCCAUGAAGACUUUAAAGUGUGUUAUAUUAAAUGUGUAAUAUAAAAAUAAUCAUACAUCGAUAAAGCGACCACACACUUCUCAUCGCGGUGCGAAGAAUCUCUGCCGGAAACCAUGGACAACGUAACAGAGGCCGCAACUGAAGAGAAGACGCGUCUUUACUUCGGAUGGCUGGACUUCACCGUCUUCGGUCUCAUGCUCGGUUUUUCGGCACUUAUAGGAGUCUAUUUUGGAUUUUGUGACAAGAAACAGGAAAGCAGAGUAGACUACCUCUUCGGGGGUAAAACCAUGAAAACUCUGCCAGUUGCUGUCUCUCUUGUAGCAAGCCAUUUUUCUGGAAUUACACUGAUGGGGGUUCCGUCUGAAGUAUAUUACCAUGGAACACUCUAUUGGCUGGUCAAUGUGUCUUCCGUUAUUGUCGCUGUUAUUAUUAACUACGUCUAUCUUCCCGUCUUCUACAAUCUUCAGCUGACAUCAUCGUACGAAUACCUUCAGCUACGUUUCAACAGAAGUGUUCGUGUAAUGGCCUCUGUGCUCUUCACCAUCUCAUUGCUGCUUUAUGUUCCUUUGGUCAUCUACGUACCAGCGUUGGCCUUCAGUUACGUUAGCGGUCUGAAUAUCCAUGUCAUCACACCGGUGGUCUGCAUUAUUUGCAUAUUCUACACAAUGUUGGGAGGCUUAAAAGCUGUGGUCUGGAUCGACUUCCUGCAAUCAGUAGUUAUUGUAAUCUCAAGCUUCGUUAUCAUUUUCGUAGGCGUUAUCAAGGCUGGCGGUCCGGGAACUGUGUGGCAGAGGAGUUCAGAGGGUGGAAGGAUUCAGAUAUUUGAAAUGGAUCCCAGUCCUUUUGUGAGAGCCACGUUUUGGAACGUUAUAAUUGGGAACAUAUUUUCGUGGCUGAACUACUGUGCAGUGAACCAGGGAAUGAUUCAAAAGUUCCUUGCGCUUCCAAGUAUUGCAAAAGCGAAGAAGUCCCUAGUUUUGUUUACAAUAGGAAUAUUUAUAAUCAAAAAUAUCAGCUGUUACACCGGCCUCAUCAUAUAUGCCUCGUACCACGACUGUGAUCCACUGAAGGCUAAGGUGAUUCAGCGACAAGACCAACUUGUGCCAUAUUACAUAAUGGAUGUAGCUGCCACGGUGCCAUGUCUUCCUGGUCUGUUCGUGGCCGGCGUGUUCAGUGCAGCCCUCAGUUCCAUGGCCAGCGCUCUCAACUCUCUGGCAGGUACAAUGUAUGAAGAUUUCAUUCGUCCCUGUAUGAAAUACAACGUAACGGAGAAAUGUGCCAGUUACAUCCUAAGACUGGUCGUCAUUGUUAUAGGCACCAUCUGCGUGCUCAUGGUGUUCGUGGUGGAGAAGCUUGGCGGGAUUCUGCAGCUUGCAUACACCACAGGAGGAGUAACAUCAGGGGCAUUUCUGGGACUGUUCUCCCUAGGAAUAUUCUUCCCUAGAGCAAACUCUAAAGGAGCGCUGACAGGAGCUAUUGUCAGCUUGCUGACUCUUAGCUGGAUUGCAGUGGGAGCCCAGAAUGCAAUUGCUACCGGCAAUAUAAAGCAUAAGACACUUUCCACAUCUAUUGAGGGGUGCAGCUCCUCGAACGAUACUAUACCAACAGUAAACCCCGUAGAGUCUCCACCUGAAGGAGCUUUCGUCUUGUUCCGCAUCUCCUUCAUGUACUACACCAUGCUUGGGUCAUUCAUACUGCUAGUAGUUGGAAUGGUCGUUAGUCUGCUAACGAAACCAACCGAUCCUCAAGAUCUGAACCCUUACCUGUUUGCCCCAUUUCUCCAGAAGUACGUUAUGAAGCUGAAAGAAGAGGGACGCAAGAAGGAUCCGACUGAGACGGAGUUUCUCAACAUGUCACCCAAGGAAAAGACUUCGUUGACAGAAGAAGACUGAAUCUACUGCAGAUAUGAAGUCUUGUAAUUAAAAUAAGUUUUCUGAAAAACUUGCGAUGCCUACGUUCCUUCAAAUAUUUCAAUACUUUUUGGCGAAGAUAGAAAGUGAAAUGAUUAACGAUUUUACAGUCCACUGAUCAAUUUUGUGAAUAAUUUUAAUAAAAACCUGCAGACUGAGUCUACGUGCCUUCGAUAUGGUCUGUAAUUUUUAACAUAUAAAAUAUAUUUCUUAAAAAAUGUU